CAUUGUAAGAGAUGUGAACAUCUUCCACCUCUCGGGAAACUACCCUUCCUCAAGGUUCUUUCUAUUAUUGCAAUGGAUGCUUUGGAGGAAUUGACAACAGUUGAUAGAGGAGAAUGUUUUCCUUGUUUACGGGAAUUAUACAUCCGUCAAUGUCCCAGGUUGACUGAAUUUCCUUGUCUUCCAUCACUUGGGAGAUUAAGCAUAGGAAACAGCAAUGAGAUGGUAUUAAGGUCGGUGAUGGAUCUCACUUCACUUUCCUGGCUUCAAAUAUCUUGGUUUGAUGGGUUGGAGUUUCUUCCAGAUGGACUGCUUCAAAAUCACAAGGUUCUUGAGUCCCUAUGGAUUAGAGGACUACGCAAUCUCAAGACUCUGUCACAUCAGCUAGAUAAUCUUUCUGUUCUGAAAGAGUUGAAAAUUGAUCGUUGUGAUUCUCUCGAGUAUUUACCAGAUGGACUCAAAAACCUUAGAUCCCUUGAGACACUCGAGUUACAGGAUUGUAACAGCCUUACAUCCUUACCGGCGACAGGGUUACAAGGCUUGUCUUCCCUGAGAAUAUUGUUGAUACAGAACUGUAAGAAACUAAGUUGUUUAUCUGAAGGAGUGAAACACCUGACUGCUCUCCAGGAUUUGACUAUAAAUGGAUGUCCAGAGAUGACGUCAUUGCCGGAAGACAUGCAACAUUUAAAUGCUCUCCAAUGGCUGAGCUUAUAUUGUUGUGCUGGGUUAGUUUCUCUACCGAAUUGGCUAGGAAGCCUCAUGUCGCUGUCGACAUUGGAAAUUGGCAAUUGGCCCAACUUGAUCUCCUUGCCAGAUGGGAUGCAGUCACUCAAAACACUGUAUAUUAAUGAAUGUCCACAUUUGGAGAGGCGAUGCGAGAAAGAGAAAGGAGAGGACUGGCCGAGGAACCUUGGUGCUCAACUAGACUAG